CACAGUGGCUGGGGGGGAAUGGGGGGGGGCACUCCGGAUCCGGGGCCCGCCAUGGCGGGGGAGGGGCAGAGUCUUAGCUUGGAUCCCCCUUCAGUUCCUCCUUGGCAGCACAUGGGGGGAGGGGGAGAGGCCCGGCUGAUGCCCUGCCCCCACCCUGACCCUCUGCUCCAAACCCAACGGGAUCUGGCUUCUGCCCCUUGAAGCGGGAGGAGGACCCAGAGCCUUAAGGGGUUAAUGCAGAGAGAGCCGACAUUUCUCCUGGCAGUGACCGCCAAAGGCCCCCACGAUGCCCACUCAUCUGGUGUGGCCGGUCACCGGCUGCGGCCGUCCUGCCCGCUGAUACUGGCCAUCCUGCCCCACCCCCCACCCGCGGUGCCGGGCUCUGAGCCCUGGUACCAGCCAUCCUGACCCCCAGUGCCGGCCAUCCUGACCAUCCUGCGCCCCCUCUUUCCCCCCCUCCCCCCGCCGGCCAUCCUGUCCCCUGGUACCAGGCCCUGACCAUCCUGCCCCCCGGUGCCGGCCAUCCUGCCUCCUGGUGCCAGCCUGCGGCUGUCCUGCCCCCCGGUGCCGGGCUCUGACCAUCCUGCCUCCUGGUGGGUGACCCUCCUCCUCAGCCUCUGCAGCCCGGGCUGGUUAUUCGGGUGACUCGUUUGUAAACCUUUCGGAAAUAUUCUGGCUGUUAUCCCGUGCGGGGACCAGUGCGUCCGAGUCUUCCCUCCAGUCUGGGACCCCGGCUUUUUGGUGAGCUAGAGAGCGAGGGUCCAGCUUGGGACCUGAGUUGGGAGAUGAAUAGUGCAAGCCAGAUGUUCCCCCCAAAGCUGAACUUUUUCACAGAUGCCUCUGCCCAGGACAAACUCCCAAGGGAGAACCCCUGUGUCUCCGGGUUGGCAGAAGCUUGGGAAUGUGGUUCCAAGAUGGGGAAGGUGCAGGAAAAUGAGGAGAAACAUCCUGAAACUGAAGGGAAAUCCCCUCUUUGUAAUGAGAGUGGAAAUCCUUCCUCGACACAGGAUGGGACCCGCGUGUGCCAGAGCAAAGAGGCGGCCCGAGCCCAGAGAGUGCACAAUGGGGAGCGGUCUAGUGAGGGCCCUGAGGGUGGGAAAGUCUUCUGCAGGCGCCUUACCCACCCACCCCCAAGUUACUGCAUAGAUCGGUAUUACUCCUGCACUCACUGCGAGGAGGCCUUCUGCCGGGUCUCAGACCUGGCCCAGCAUGUGAAGACUCACAGUGAGGAGAAGAACUACAAGUGUCACCAGUGUGGGAAGGACUUCUACUCCAGCUCGGGGCUCACUCAGCACAAGAAAUUCCACACGGCCGUGAAGCUUUUUCAGUGUAAUGAAUGUAGCCGGGCCUUCCGCAAGAACAAACAACUGGCCCGACAUCAGAGAGUCCACAAUGGGGAGAAACUCCACAAAUGUAAAGAAUGUGGGAAGGGGUUCUUUGAGAACAAAGCCCUCACCGUCCACCAGAGAAUUCACAGUGGAGAGAAGCCUUAUGAGUGUUCGGCAUGUGGAAGGGCCUUCCGCCGGAAUUCCCACCUUACUCGACACCAGAAAACUCAUGCGGAAUAAAAAAGGCCCAAUUGUGUCAAACUGAAGGAUUCUCUCAAUCAAAAUAAGAAAAUAUGUCCCAAUUUUAAACCUUUUCGAUCCAUAUGGAAGGGCUUUUUGCAAAAAUAAACCACUCGAUGUUAUUUUUUUAA